AUGGCGAAACACCCAAUGAUGAUCCAAUACCUUGACAAAAUUCAAGAGCUUUUUGAAGGCAUUCCCUACCAUCACCAUUCAACAAGUUCUCCAGGCAGAGAACACACAUGCAGAUAUACUAGCAAGCCUGGGAUCAGUGCUGGACACCCAGUUCAAACAUUCAAUUCUGGUCGAGCACCUUGGUCAGUCAAGCAUCGAAGAGUGCUUUGCAAAAUCCACGACGGUAAGUGCGACAACCACUCUGAGGGUAGAUCACUAGUCCAUAAAGCACUAAACAUAGGUUACUUCUUGCCUACCAUGCAUUAUGACUCUAUGGAUUAUGUCAGAAGAUGUGAUCGAUGCCAAUGCUACAAGCUGGUCCUAAGUCUAUUAGCCGAGGUGUACCAUCCACAGAACAAUCCAUGCCCAUUCAUGCAAUGGGCUAUUGACUUGGUGGGUCCUAUGUCACCGACACCUGCCAAGAAAGACAUGAUCUUCGCUACCGACUACUUUACUAAAUGGAUCGAGGCUAAAACUCUAUCCUCUACUAAAGAGGCCGAUGUGGAGUGA